UAUAUCUCAAAGCACAAAAUAUCAUUACAAAUACAAAGAAAGAAAAAAACAAGAAUGGAGAAAUCAAAUUUCGAGUCACUUACUGAAGAUCAUCAAAUGAAUAUUCUGUCACGGUUGCCUCUGAAGUCCUUGGUGAAGUUCCUCCUUGUCUCGAAGAAAUGGGCAUCCAUGAUCCGCUCUACGAAAUUCAAUGUUGAUUACUUGAGCCGAUCGAUGACAAGGCCUCGAGUGAUGUUCAUGGUCCAACGUGAUACAUCACAGCCACCCGAACCUACGAUGUUGUGGUUUGACACUAUUUAUAAAGAGCAAACCUUAACAACCGAACCACUUUACACUGAGGUGUUGUUUUACUCUGUUUACCAAGAGGAGGAACCAUUGUUGUCUUCUGGACAACAACAGUUGCGUAUUUCUCUACAUUCAAAAUAUGGUGUUUCUCAGCCCAUCCGAGGUUUGAUCUGUCUUAGGUUAAAAACUAAGCUUGCGAUUUGCAAUCCGGGUACGAGAAUGUUUCAUACUUUACCGGAGAUCCAAGCGCCUGAAGAUUCUUACAUAACAAGUUUUCUCGGAUACGCUGAAGCUACAAAUGUAUUCAAGGUGUUAUGCCUCACGCAGUUGAAGUCCCAUGAACCAUUAGGUGGAGCUUUGGAAUAUCUAGUCUUGACGGUGGAGCCCGGUCAAGAAGAAUCUUGGAGAUCGAUCACAUGUCCACAUAAACAUGCAUGUGUUUCACUACAACUUGAAGGAAUAUGUAAAGGAGGGGUUUUGUACUAUGGAGCUUAUCGACUUCAACCCGAUGAAUCUCAGUCCAAUAGUGACAAAUUAGUGCUCAUGAGCUUCAAUGUGAGGUCUGAAGAGUUUGCCGUCAUUAGGUAUCCUGAUUAUGAUUCUGAUUAUACAAAUUGGAGAUUUGUGUUUUACAAAGAGAAAAUUGCCUUAGUUAAUGACUCUGACUUUGACAAAGAAGAUGUGAAUGAUGAACCGAACUUGGACAAUGAAACUGUGAAUGAUGAACCGAAUGGGACUAAAGUUUUUCAUAUAAUUGUUUUGGAUGAGAGUACGCAACAAUGGGAGAGAACCCCCAUAAAGAUUCUUCACUGGGAAGAAGCUGUUGGAGCGAAGGAAUUUUAUUUCCAAGGUACCAUUGGAGAAAACGAACUUGUUUUUGCACAAUACUCUACCAAACGUGGCGGCCCUGACUACUGUGUGUUGUAUUACAAUACAAGAGAGUUUCAGAAGGUUUGAGAUUCAAGGAGUGGUUGGCAAUGACAAAACUGUUCGAACCUUCUUGGAUCACGUUGAUAGCCUUUACCUUAUGUGAAGAACAAGAAUUGGUCCGCUGAUUAUGAUCAAAGACUCGUUGGUUGUUCCCUCUCUCAAAGUCCUAUUGUCGCUAAUUUCUUUACGUAUGCUAAAUAAAUAAAUAAUAAUGGUGUUCCUCUAGUGAUAGGUCUUAUUGGGAUUGUUCGUUUUAAUACCUAUUGUCGUGUUGACCUUUAAUUAUGCUAAAAUAAUAAUGUUCUUUCAGUUCAGAUAUUUUAUAACUAUUUUUCUAAACAAUAAUUCUAU